AUGGAGGAAAUGUACUGCAGAGGUGAUUCAGGGCUGCAGAAUCAUGGAUGUAGUCAGAGCCUUCUGGAAGAGCUGAAGUCUUCUGUCUGUCUGGAGUAUUUCACCGACCCGUUGACCAUCGACUGCGGACACAGCUUUUGCCAAGCGUGCCUUGUCCGCAGCUGGGGAGGGGCCAAGAACCCCUUACCCUGUCCUGAGUGCCACAAACACUCUGAGCCGCGGGAUUUCCUCCUCAGUAGGCGGCUGGAGAAGCUGGCGGCCAUCGCCUGGCAGGCCGGGCCCCACAAGUUGCUGAGACAGGGAGAGGAGGAGCGUCUCUGUGAGCAACAUCAACAGAUACUAAAACUUUUCUGCCAAGAUGAUGAGACGCCCCUGUGCAUAGCCUGUUUCAGAGACCCAGAACACAACACGCACAACAUUAGCCCAGUGCAGGAAGUUGCCGAGGAAUAUAAGGAGAAAGUGCAGCAGAGGAGACAGACCAUCUGGUCCAAAUUUGAAAAGAUGAGGAAAUUCCUGGCUGAGGAGGAGGCCCAGCAACCCCAUAACCUGUCACUGGAAGAAGAGAAGGUGCUGCAGAAAAUGGAGGAAAUGAAGAGCCAAGUUUCUCAGCAGGGCACCAUCCUUGAAGGAGUUGAUAGGUUCCUCAUCCUAGACCCCAACUACCAGUCCACAGCUUUAACUCUCACUUUAUUCCUCAGCGACACCCACUAG